GAAUCGGCCGGAAGACAAAGAAACGUUGGGGUUCCUUGGCGGGCGCAGCUUGGAGAGAGGACCCGCGGGAAGUGGAGGCGCUAUGGCGGCGGGCGAAGGGAGGAGCUGAUAAAGGUCGCAGUUUUGUCCUGACCCACCAUGUCAGGGAUUGGAAAUAAACGAGCAGCUGGGGAACCAGGCACCUCCAUGCCACUUGAAAAGAAGGCAGCAGUGGAAGACUCGGGGACCACAGUGGAAACUAUUAAACUAGGAGGUGUCUCCUCAACAGAGGAGUUGGACAUUAGGACACUGCAGACCAAAAAUCGCAAGCUGGCGGAGAUGUUGGAUCAGCGGCAGGCCAUUGAAGACGAGCUGCGUGAGCACAUCGAGAAACUAGAGCGGCGGCAGGCCACGGAUGACGCAUCAUUGCUGAUCGUUAACCGCUACUGGAGUCAGUUUGACGAAAACAUACGUAUUAUUCUCAAACGGUAUGAUCUGGACCAGGGCCUUGGGGACCUGCUCACAGAACGAAAAGCUCUAGUGGUGCCAGAACCAGAACCGGAUUCGGACAGCAAUCAGGAACGGAAAGAUGAGAGAGAUCGAGGGGAAGGACUGGAGCCGGCUUUCUCCUUCCUUGCUACUCUGGCCAGCAGCACCAGUGAAGAAAUGGAAUCCCAGCUGCAAGAGCGGGUGGAAUCCUCCCGUCGGGCGGUGUCCCAGAUCGUGACCGUCUAUGACAAGCUGCAGGAGAAAGUGGAGAUGUUAUCCCACAAGCUAAACAACGGAGGCAAUAAUUUGGUAUUAGAGUGGAGACAUUUAGGAGGGAAGUCAGAAAGUACUCCAGAUGGUCUUAUGGUGGAGGAAGCAAUCCAAGAGCUGAACACUCUCCUUUCACACGAGAAUGGGCGGCUCCAGGAGUUGGCAGAUCUCCUGCAGGACAAGCACCGCACCAUGUCACAGGAGUUCUCCAAGUUGCAGGGCAAAGUGGAGACUGCAGAAUCUCGAGUUUCUGUCCUGGAGACUAUGAUCGAAGAUCUCCAGUGGGACAUCGACAAGAUCCGUAAGAGGGAACAGCGGCUAAACCGGCACCUAGCAGAUGUCCUAGAGCGGGUUAACUCAAAAGGCUAUAAGGUGUAUGGAGCUGGGAGCAGCUUGUACGGAGGCACGAUCACUAUCAACGCUCGCAAGUUUGAAGAGAUGAAUGCAGAACUUGAGGAGAACAAAGAGCUGGCUGAGAACCGCCAUUCGGAGCUGGAGAAACUACGUCAGGACUUUGAAGAAGUGACCACACAGAAUGAAAAGCUUAAGGUGGAGUUGCGAAGUGCUGUGGAGGAGGUGGUAAAGGAGACCCCAGAAUACCGGUGUAUGCAGUCACAGUUCUCCGUUCUUUACAAUGAGAGCCUCCAGCUGAAAGCACACUUGGAUGAGGCUCGCACCCUGCUUCACGGUACUCGGGGGACUCAUCAGCGCCAGGUGGAGCUCAUUGAGCGGGAUGAGGUCAGUCUCCACAAGAAGUUGAGGACAGAAGUCAUACAGCUAGAAGACACAUUGGCACAGGUCCGCAAGGAGUAUGAGAUGUUGAGGAUAGAAUUUGAACAGACACUGGCAGCUAAUGAACAAGCAGGGCCUAUAAAUCGAGAAAUGCGUCACCUCAUCAGUAGCCUUCAGAAUCAUAACCACCAGCUAAAGGGGGAAGUCCUAAGGUACAAGCGGAAAUUGAGAGAGGCUCAGUCUGACCUGAGUAAGACCCGCCUGCGUAGUGGUAGCGCUCUCCUGCAGUCCCAGUCAAGCACUGAAGAUCCCAAGGAGGAGCCAGUGGAAAUCAAACAGGAGCCAGAGGACUCGUCCACUCAGGGGUCCGCAUCCAAGGCCAGCCUGGAAGAAGCCAGUGACACCAAAGCCAAACGGGACGAGGAGGAGCGAGAACGCGAGAGGCGCGAGAAGGAGAGGGAGCGGGAGAAGGAAAAGGAGAGAGAACGGGAAAAGGAAAAGGAGCGGGAGCGGGAGAAGCAAAAGCAGAAGGAGUCAGAAAAGGAGAGAGAAUCGACCAAGGAUAAGGAGAAAGGGAAACAUGAGGACGGGAGGAAGAAGGAAGCAGAAGUGAUCAAACAGCUGAAGGCUGAUCUCAAGAAAGCACAAGAGAGUCAAAAGGAGAUGAAGUUAUUGCUAGAUAUGUACCGCUCUGCACCCAAAGAGCAGAGGGACAAGGUUCAGCUAAUGGCAGCAGAGAAGAAGGCUAAAGCUGAGUUGGAUGAUCUCAGGCAGAGGCUUAAGGACCUAGAAGAUAAAGAGAAAAAGGAAAGCAAGAAAAUGGCUGACGAAGAUGCCCUGCGGAAGAUCCGAGCGGUAGAGGAACAGAUUGAAUACCUGCAGAAGAAGCUUGCCAUGGCCAAGCAGGAGGAAGAGGCCCUCCUCUCAGAAAUGGAUGUAACAGGCCAGGCCUUUGAAGAUAUGCAAGAGCAGAAUAUCCGUCUGAUGCAGCAGUUAAGGGAGAAGGAUGAUGCCAACUUCAAACUUAUGUCAGAGCGCAUCAAAUCCAAUCAGAUUCAUAAAUUGCUGAAGGAAGAAAAAGAGGAACUAGCAGACCAAGUCCUCACUCUAAAGACUCAGGUGGAUGCCCAGUUGCAGGUAGUGCGGAAACUGGAGGAAAAGGAACAUUUGCUUCAGAGCAACAUUGGCACAGGGGAGAAGGAGCUGGGACUCCGAACCCAGGCACUCGAAAUGAACAAGCGCAAGGCGAUGGAAGCCGCCCAGCUUGCAGAUGACCUCAAAUCCCAACUGGAGAUGGCCCAGAAAAAACUGCACGAGUUUCAGGAUGAGAUUGUGGAGAACAGUGUGACCAAAGAAAAGGAUCUGUUCAACUUCAAACGAGCCCAGGAGGAUAUCUCCCGACUGCGCAGAAAGCUGGAGACCACAAAGAAGCCAGACAAUGUACCCAAGUGUGAUGAGAUCCUGAUGGAAGAGAUCAAGGAUUACAAGGCACGACUGACCUGCCCAUGUUGCAAUAUGCGCAAGAAAGAUGCCGUGCUGACCAAAUGCUUUCAUGUCUUUUGCUUUGAGUGUGUGAAGACACGCUAUGACACUCGCCAACGCAAAUGUCCUAAGUGCAACGCUGCCUUCGGUGCUAAUGACUUCCAUCGUAUCUACAUUGGUUGAAGUGCAUCGUGAGAGGGGAGAGGAGAAGAGAGGAGAGCACUUUUCCAAUAACCACCAAACCCCUUCCUCUUCCCACUUUGACUGUCAUCAGCAGGGCAGUUUCUCUGUCCACCCUCACCAAUCCCUGUGCCCAUGCUUUCCAUAGUAGCUACCGGUGACCAUAGGGGGAGGAUUGGAAGAUUCCAGAUGGAGGUUUGGGGACUAAAAACAAAUCAGCUCUAUUUGCUUUGUCUUCCAGCUUUUUUUCCCCCCUUCCCAACCCCCCUUCCCCCCAAAAAGACUUUUCAUCAGCUGUCAAGUUUUUUUUUUUAAAGGACCUCUGUUCAUGUUGGCCUGGCUACCCCCUCCUAAAGCUGAAGAAUUGGUAUCUUCAGCUUUGAAUAGUACUGACUCAACGUGAACUAAGAGGUGCGUUACCAGCAGCAGAAAUGAGGGAAACUGGAGCCCUUUAGCUGUAACUUGCCAAUGGCUAGUUGGCGUAUCCCUUGUGCACUUGCAGCUUAAAAUGGAUUCCUUGGGAUACUCUCUUUUCAGAGGCAGGAGCACAAACCCCAAUUUUCUCUGUCAAGAAGCACAACAAACUGGGUUUCUGUGUUUUAGCGUUGUUUUGGCGGUCCAAUCAAGUAAAUUCCCUAAAUCUUUUUAGGCUCAAUCAAUUAUGAACAUGGUGACUUCAUUUUUCCUUUGUCUUUCAGUCAUGUCAGAAUGAGGAGAGGAAGGAGAAAGCAGGGUUUGAUCCUAAUAAAGAGAACUCUUUACUAGCAUCAUUUUAGGCUUCCUCUUCCUCCCUGCUGUGAUCUCUUCCUCCUUUCCAGAGAACUGUUUGCUCACAGCAUGACUUUGCCACGUGGAUUAUUCUUAUAUGACACAAAUUCCAAUUAUGUUCCAGGUUAUAGUCACAUUCUGUAUAUUUCCUAAUGCAUCUAAAUCUUUCAUCGGUAUCCACCUAGGUGGACUUUUAAGAAAUGCUAUUCUGGGUAGGUCAGUGAUCACCCGUCCCAAGAUUUCAUCUCCAGCAGAAACACCCUCCUAAACCUCCAUCUUCAUCUCAUUGUCAUGAAUCCCUAACUUUUUCCUUGAUUAUAUAAUUAUGAAUUCUUGUCCAAGAAUGUAUUCAAACAAUUCUUGAAUCUGUUGAUAUUUUCUGCUGGCACAGGUAACAGAUUCCAUGUGUUUGUGACCUGCUUUGUGAAGAAGUGUUUGCUUUUGUCUCUCGAACCCCUCACCUUCCAGCUAGUGCUUGGUGCCCAGGAAUUCGACAUCUGCCCUAUCCAGUCUUAUAUAGAUCUUUGUAGACGUCAGUCAUGUUCCCGCUCAGCAUCUGUCUGUUCAGUCUUCGCACGUGGAGGCCGCUCCAUCUCCCAGAAGAGAGUGGAAUUUCCUGGCCUCCAUGGAAACCAGGACCUGAACUCUGCCUUGGGGGCAGGGGGGACUCAGUCACUGUGACUCAUACUUGAUAAAGUUAAAUCCAAAUUCAGUAGGUGUCCAAAUUGCUUUCAUCCCAUGAAAGGGAAAACUGUUCAGUCCAGCAACAUCUGCUUCUCAUGGGCAGAAACAAACAUAAGAGACUUAAGGAGAGAUUGUUUUUAAAACACUUUACCCAUACAGUGUAAUGGUACAUUCUGAACAAAAGCUUUGGCUUGUGUUUAAGCGAUUUUUUAAAAGCCUGAAACUAUAAGCCUUGAUUUUUUUUUUCAUGCAUAGCUUUAAGAUUCAAUUCUGCUUCUGAUGCUUAGUGGUGACAAAACUAUUUUGCUAGUCCAAUAGUUUACCCCCCUUACCCAUGGAGAUGACAAAGAACUGGUCUUUUUCAUCACUUAUGUAAAGAUUUAAGAUUUCAGUUGUAAUCAGAAAGCUGGCUUUGUGAUUUCAUAAUUCCCUAUAUCGUCUAUUUCUAAACUCUGGCUUCUCCAGGAGUAUUUCAAGUUGGACAUGUAGUCUACAUGGGCUAGGCAGAACUCUGGUCAUCUUAUUUUUUAUUUGAUUUUUUUUCCUGUUUUUAGCUAGUCUUCCUAUCAGCCUUCUCCUGCCCUCUCAAGUGGCUACCAAAAUGUCACAUUUUCCUAACCGGACUCAAAUAUCCACAACCCCCACACCCAUUUCCUGGUGGGUAAGAUACCUAGUACUGCAUCAUGUGGCUGAUGAAUAAAUCCAUUUCAAUGCUGGUCA